AUGGCAGCUUCUCAGUAUGCCGGUCUUGCUGCUACCUGGACUCUAGAAACGGGAACAGUGCCUCCUAUCGAGGGCAUGAUUGUAAUUCCUGCUGGAAGUCUCGAUUCGGUCUUUGAACCUGAUUUCCGGUCCAGGGUUGAUCAGAAUGAUUACAGGGAUGGCGGAAAGUAUCGUUCAAUCGUGAAGCUGGAGAUGUCUUACGAGGGUAUGCCCUCUGGAAGUGAAAUGGCUUCCAUGGGUACCGGUUGGUUGAUCCGUCCAGAUCUCCUCGUGACCGCUGGACAGUGCGUGUAUGAUCACUUUGGAAAUGACGGUCAAGGCUUUGGUCGAGUACGUGUCAUGCAGUGUCAUAUUGGUUAUAAUGGUCGCGAUUCUUUGAAAGGUCGCUCUGUGCAGACUCGAUUUGCUAAGAAGGUCGUAACUACUGGCGAGUGGAUUGAAAGUCGUGACAACCGUCAUCGUGAUGUUGCAUUCAUACAGCUUGAAAAGCCAUUCACGGGGGAACUUCGCCUGUUCUCAUAUAUAGACACGCCGACGAAGGGAGUUGACAUGAUUGGUGUCGUUGGAUAUCCAGGUGAUAUGCACCUAGAGGAUAGUGAAGGGAUUGAUGAGAUAGGCGCUCAGAUGUAUGAGCUGUUUCAAGAAACCCGGUACGAUCUAAAUGACAACGCCCUGAAGAUGUUGCAAUACCGUGUGUCUACGUUUGGGGGCCAGUCUGGAUCUCCGGUUCUCCGUAAAAAGACACCCCAGGUUUCCAUGGGAGCUCACUCCUACGGUGGAGUAGACAAGAAUUCGGCCAGCCCUAUUGGAGGACAGUCUGGAAAUGACUACAACACCUAUAUUUCAGCCUUCAGUACCUCCUACCCAAGUGUCAAGUCUGUCGCUGGGGUGGAUUUUGUUAAUCCAAGCCCUUCUGAUGUCCCAGACCCAGAUAACAAUCCUGGGAAUGAGGAGGUUUUCUUUGAUGAUCUCAAAUCUAUUGUUGGUAUUGUUGCUCAAGUUGGAAAAGUCACGUUUCCACUUCCGUCUCCGCUUCUUGGACCUCUCGGCGGACCUCUCUCUGCCGUGGCCGGCAGUGCUCUGUCUGUUGUCACUAAUGCCACUGCUGCUGGUUCUGAGCCGGUGAUCCUAAGUCCCCAACAAGUGGCACAGAAUGCAACAGAGCGGGCUGUUCUCGCCGAGGCAACUCUGCAGUCUGUGAUAAGAAUUACUGAUCAGGAUGUGGCCCAGAAACUCUUUCAAGACAUGAAAGUAGCUUACUCCAAGUUGACACCCGAUAUUACCAAUCUGGUUCCCAAGAUGACUCCCUUGCUGAAGGACUCCGCGCUGCGACUUGCUGUGAGUCAAGAUUACCUUCGUAAGAGCGAUAAUGUGAAGCUUGGUUCUCCUACAGAAAUUCCAUAUUCAACAGAUUUUGUCAAUACAUCAUUUAGAUCGCCUCCAUUUGUGGAUGGUUUGAUGGAAGCAACCAGACCAGUCGUUGGCGAGGAAGGCUUCUUUGACGGACUCGGAUCUUUCCUCAACAAGGCUGUUGCAAAAGAAGCACCAUAUGGUCUCCAAGGCGCCAAGAUUGGGUUGCAUUGUUUGGACAACGCUCUGGCACCCUCUGGGGACAACAGUGUAUCCCAAACAUCCCAUGAUGACAAGAACGAUAUCCUAGCUACUACGCUGCUCUUCAAACGAGCCAUCAUGGCAGAAGCUGCCCUUCGUGCGGUCAUGAAAUUGGACAAGACUGACCUCGCCCGAGCUUCUGACACUGAAGUUGAGUCGAUGUACGGCCCUGGAGGGUUCUUUGGCGACAUCAAGUCUACUGUUCAGGUCAUUGGGAGCGCUGUAUCCAAGGCUGCGCCAAAGGUCAUUGGCACUCUUUUGCCAAUCGCGGCAGGUGCCUUGGGAAAGAAAGGUCCUGGGUCUUCAAACGGAAAUUUUCUUUCCUCUCCACCAGUCAACAACAAAAGUUAA